UGAUCCAUUAGUCAUUGCCCAUAGUGUGAGAAGCUUGUAUUGUAUGGAGAAGGUAAAGGACUUGGAGUCAGAACAGCUGAGUUCAAAUCCACCCUCAGACACUUCGUGGGCAAGUGACUUAAUAGAUAGCAUGACUUCACCUCUCAGCCUCAGUUUUUGCACCUGUAAAAUGGGGACAGAAAUAUUUGCGCUAAAUAUUCCUACUGCACUGUAACUGCCUCCCAGGCCCUUGCAGCGCUGCGUAGCUACGGAUAGAGUUUGGCCUUGGGAUGUCAUCGAAUGAGGACGCACCCUGUCUUAAUCCAGGGUGGGGCAUAUCUGGAUUUGCCAGCAGCGAUAUCUACAAGUACAUGCAUUUCUUCUGUCUUCCCCAUGUGGAUGUAAGGAACCCUGUUCAUCCGACAGGAGCUCAGCUGGAAGAUUACCUUGGCCUUGGCUCUCUGUGGAUGGCUGAAAAUGGCCAGCAAAGGGCCCACGACCUCGACGUCCCCCGAGAACUCGAGUGCAGGGGGCACAAGCGGUAGCAGCAGCAAUGGCCCUGGUGAAAACGGCAAUCAGGACAGCACCUUUGAGUGCAACAUCUGCUUAGACACAGCCAAAGACGCUGUCAUCAGCCUCUGUGGUCACCUCUUCUGUUGGCCCUGUUUACAUCAGUGGUUGGAGACCAGACCAAACAGACAGGUGUGCCCAGUAUGCAAAGCCGGGAUCAGCCGAGAUAAAGUAAUCCCUCUAUAUGGAAGGGGCAGCACCGGGCAGCAGGAUCCCAGAGAGAAGACACCUCCCCGACCUCAAGGACAGAGACCAGAGCCUGAAAAUAGAGGGGGAUUUCAAGGCUUUGGAUUUGGAGAUGGUGGCUUUCAGAUGUCUUUUGGGAUUGGAGCCUUUCCUUUUGGCAUCUUUGCCACAGCAUUUAACAUAAAUGAUGGGCGGCCUCCUCCAGCUGUUCCUGGGACUCCCCAAUACGUGGAUGAGCAGUUCCUGUCAAGGCUUUUCCUGUUUGUAGCCCUGGUGAUCAUGUUUUGGCUUCUGAUCGCAUAACCAUGUGUCUGUGGCCUGGGUAGUCAGCAGCAGCAGUGCCUCUGACCUGGUUACCAAACCCUCACCAACCCCCCUUUGCACCCCUCACCGCCUGGCUCCUGAGCUUGCCCCAGGGCCGAGGAAUCAGUGGGGUCAGAGACCCAGGGAGGACCCUGGCUUCCGGGAGCAGAGCUUUGGAAUGAAAUGAACUAGAUCUUGGUUGAGUCGUCCGCAUCUCAGUGUGGUCCCACUCCAGCCUUGGGCCUUGUUUGAGCAGUGUAACAGCUCAGAGACCCCAAGCCAGCCCCCAUGCUAUGAUCUGCAUACAUCACAAAAGUAAAGGGAAGGACCAAAUGGUAUUCUUUGGAACUGUAGACUUAAUCUCCUUAGACUCUGCGAAACACUGUCCAACAGUAGUCCAUUCCUGACUGCAUGUGUGGACCACCUAUGCACACAACAGCCUGAUGCCAGGGCUGGGGGCUCACCUUCUGCUCCCAACCCACCCUCCCAUCCCCAUCCUCCUCCCUGCUCUUUUUUAUUAUUCCUCAGAUGAGCCUGGGGGCAGGCAGGCAGCAGCGCUGUCUGAAUCAGCACAAGGCAUCUCUGGUAGCUCGGCGCAUUUGAUUGGCCUGGACGCUCUGGCUUUCUGCUGGGCUCAGGUCUCAGGCCUCAGAGAGGCCUUGGCCACCUUCUUCCCUGGUAGAAGCGGCCAGCUCUGCUCAUGGGCUUCCCGUCCCCUUCUUCCUGGGGAAUUGUAGCCUCGCUGGCUUCUCUGUACCAGGAGGAGUAGUAGUGAAGGCUUCCUCAGGCCCUAAAGACAAACCUAAAAGUGAGGGGAGAUUUGAGCCACUAAUGUUCUUUCAAGAUUAAGCUUCGGUUAUUUGCAUCUCUCCCAGAAGAAAACAGGUGUUCCCAGAAGCAGCUUCUGUCUGGGGCCUUCGGGCCCUGCAGUGUAGUUUGACUCAGUGGCAGCCCUGGCUGGACUCGUGCAGCUAACCCAGCACAGAUGCUGCAGGAGGGUAGCUGUCAUUCAGGGUCCAGGCCACUUUGGGCUUCCCAAGUGAUGAGCUCUGUCCAUUCCCCAGAACCUCUCAGAUAUACGCUAUUAAGAGAGAUGCUUUCUGCUGCCUGCCAGGCUUAGGGGACUCCUGCUGCCUCCGGAAGGGAGAGAGAUGCCUUAGACUCACUAAUGGGCUUUCCUUCCCUCCUCAUACCUCUUCAUUCAGAAUCUUGGGAAGAAAGGUACCUCGGUAGAAUCAUUGAUUUGGUUUCUUGUUUUAAAAGUGCUUUUUCUUUGAAUCUGAUCAAUAAGAAGGUAGGGCGCUGAACGGCUCAUGAUGUACCAUCUUGUCUAAUUAUCUGUCCAUCUAGCUGUCUCUAUGUCUCCACCUGCCAAAAUGUCUUUGGGUGCACUGGAGGUAACCCAGCCCUGGGCUUCCUCUGGGAGUCUCUUCCUAUUUGUGAGGCCUGCCUUCCCUGGCCCAGCUCCUUGUUCUGGAGAUAGAAGGCCCUGGAAGGAAUUCAAUCCCUCCCUGCUUUGGGGAUGGGGCAGGCUCAAGCAUUCAGUCCAAAGAGACCAGGAAAAGGGAAUGAACAUGCCCCCCUACAGCCAUUCUCCUCCCCUGUAGCUCCCCUCUCCAUCUUCAGACUCAGCAAAGCCCAAACCAGUGUUGAAAUGAUCAGAACCCAGUAUUCUGGUGCUGUCACCUAGGCCAAGUCUGAGAUGGAGAGGGUCAUGGAGCCUGAUGCUUGACUGGCAUCUGUGUGUGUAAUCAAGGAGCUUGUCCCCCUGGGGCCCCCCAACCUGAGAUGGGCCUUCGAUUAGCCCCCCCAAAAAAAUCCCCUGGCUUGGGGCUGCCCUCAGAUCUUAAAGCCCAAAGUUUCAGGACUGGGUGCUGGCCAGGUGUUGGUGCAGUGCCCUAUCCUGCCUGUGAGAGAGAGGCAGGAGGAGGGCAGUUUGAUUAAGAAAGAGAAAUCCCUUGGAAUCUACAAAACAGUGAUGGAAAAAGGUUAUCAGAAUUGGGCCCCUGUCUUGUUUCCUUUGAGGUGUGGUAAGCUUCACCUGCCUUUGCCAGGAGCAGGCUGCAGCAGCACCACCAAAUUUGGGCCUACUGGCUCAGAUCCUGGCUAGAGGCUCCUUCACCUCUACCUGGCCAUUCAAUGACCUUAAGCUUCUUCUUUUCCAAGUUAAUGCGUUUCUUCCUUUGGGAGUUCUUCACCCUUUUCCUCCCUUUUAUUCCAUUGUAUUAGUUAGGACUGUGCUCUGGCCACAGUUAGACCAUCAAUGACACUAUGUACCUUGAGAUACAUUUUCCAGUUACUAAUUUUCACUGUUGUGAAAGUGAUUUGAUUUAGAAGAAAAAUAAAUGGUUUUACAUUGAAA